AUGCACCGCUUUGACGAUCUGGACAUGCAGCUGCUCUACGAGCUCUCGGCAGACAGCUCGAUCUCCGUACCGGUUCUCUCCAAAAAGAUACAUGUCAACCCGUCUGUCAUCUACAGCCGGAUCAAGAGGAUGACCAAGAAGGGCCUGAUCAAGAGGUUUACCAUAGAGAUCGACGACUCGCUUCUGGGAAUCGGAGUCAGGGCAAUGGUGGGAGUCAACCGCGAUCCAAAGCUCAAGAUCGAGAUUCACAGGGAGCUGCUGGACACUGCAGAGGUACUGUCCGUCUCGGAGGUUACCGGCCGGUUUGACAUGAUGGUCAUGGUGUUUGCGGACGAUCUGGAACGGCUUCACAACGUGGUGAUCGAGAAGAUCGGCAGGAUAAACGGAAUCCAGAACACGGAGACCUUUGUGGAGCUGCAGAAGAUUCCAUUGGAUUCCAUUCGCGUGUGGGCCGAGGCGCAGGCGCGAAGCCUUGACAGGGAGGGCAUCGACGAGCUUGCGCGCUCGAUCAAGGCAGACGGCCUCCAGAAUCCGCCCCUGGUGCAGGAGGGGGAGGACGGCUAUGUCCUGAUAUCGGGCCAGCGGCGCCUAGCCGCAUGCAUAUCCCUGAAGAUGUACACCAUUCAGGCCCUGGUGCUAGAUGACGGGCAGGAUGUGACGGGAGCCAAGACCACGUCCCUUAUAGAGAACCUCCAGCGGCGCAACAUGACCGGGGCGGAGAUCUCAAAGGCGGUGCGGUUUCUGGUGGACCGCAACGGCAAGGCAAAGACGCACCGGUACCUGGGGAUAUCUGCAAGAACGCUGGAGCGGUACCUGGGGUUUGACGCCGUGCCGUCCCAGCUCAAGGACAUGGUGCCGGAGCUGCUCUCGCGCGACCAGGCAAUACACCUGAUGCGCGCCUCUGACAACACGGCCCACGCAGUGGAGGUUGCAAACCGUAUAGCAAAGUACGACAUGGCAAAGAGGAGCAGGUACAUCAAGGCCAUGGUCGACAACCCGGACGACACACACGCGCAGCUGGUUCACAAGUCAAACAGAUACUACAACAAAAACAUGAAGCUGGAUCUGUCCGGCCCGCUGCUGGCAAGGCUUGCGGCCGAGGCCGAGGAAGAGGAGUGCAGCGUGGAGCAGCUGGUGUCUGAUAUCGUCACCCAGUGGCUGUAUGACGCAUAG